AUGUCAACUCCAGCUUCAUCUUCUAACAAUGUGACCGAAGAAAAGCAGGCUCCCACUUUAGCCGAACUGGAGAUCACUGGACGCACAUUCCUCAAAUUGACCAAGGAAGAACUUGAACGGCAUGGAUUGAAGUUAGGUCCUGCUAUGACACUUGUGGAUUUCGCCAAGGAAAUCAAGGAGAAAGACAUUAAGGGCAAAGAGCAAGCAAACACUCCAAAAUCAAACUCUGGACUUGUAUAUGUUUUUGUGGAUAAUUCCAACUUGUUUAUCGAAGGAAAAUAUACUGUUGGUCGUAUUGAACAAGCAGGCAAUUUUGAUUACCAAAGAAAUUCCUACCAACUCAACCAGCUCUAUAUCGAUCAUGGACGUCUUCUAUUAACACUACUGAAAGGACGAAUAAUAGGCAGUAAUCCAGUGAUUGUUGGCUCCCGUCCGCCUCCGAACGAUUCACUAUGGGAUCAGAUUCGAUUUGCCGGCGAUGGUGAUUAUUAUCCUAUAUUAACACGGGCCCUGAAAUAUAAUUGGAAGAUUGAGGCCUGGUUUUGGUCAUCAGGGAUAUCCGGUGACCUUAUGAGAAAUUCCUUUCUUUCCCUGGAUAGUCUUUACCGACAUUUCACAUAUGCAUAUGGACAGGACCCUGUAGGAAAAAAUUAUACCCUUGAAAUAACUGAUGGCGAAACACUUGCACAAUGGAAUGAUGAUAACUUAAUGGAAUGUUUUGAUUCAUUAGAGUUAUUUGGAUGGUGGUUCAGGAAAGAAGGACCGACUAUAUGCUUGUACUUCAAUAACAAAAAAAAUUCGAUAAAGGCAAAAAAUUGGUUGGAAUCUAAUCAUCCGGAUGUAAGGGUUUGGGAAGUGCCAGAGAAAAGAAAAAGUUGGUCUUAA